AUGCUUCAAACAGUUGUGGACACAUCUUUAGAAUCUGAUGACAAAGCCAACAGACGUACAGCUUUUGAUUUUGAGGUAAACGAUGUUGAUGGAAUUCCAGUUGGAAUGGCUAUUGAUAUUGAAGGAAAACUAUGGGUUGCUUGCUUUGAUGGGAGUCAGGUGAUUAGAGUGGAUCCUGCAAGUGGGAAACUGUUAAGUCGCAUCCCUAUUCCAACACCACAAGUGACAUCUGUUGCCUUUGGAGGACCACAACUUGAUGAACUUUAUGUCACUAGUGCAGAUAUUUUGACUGAGGAACAAAAGAAAAUGUACCCAGAAUCUGGUGCCAUUUUCCGAGUCACAGGUCUUCGAGUCAAAGGGCUCCCUGGUCAGCCUAUCAAAUUGUAA